CCCCUUUAAAUCGAGGUGACGUAGCUGAUGACGGUGGGUUAAGUGAGUGUUGCUGCUGGUAUUGCGCGAGGGAAGCCGAUUGCCUGUUCUGAUCGCGCACGGUUUGCAGAGCUAUAGCGCGUAUACAUUAUCUCAUGCACGGACACUAUGGAUUUCAAUGUAAAGAAACUAGCUUCAGAUGCUGGGCUUUUCUUCACGAGAGCUGUUCAGUUCACGGAGGAGAAGUUAGGCCAGGCAGAGAAGACCGAACUAGACGCUCACUUUGAGAACCUGCUGGCCCGGGCCGACAGCACCAAGAACUGGACCGAGAAGAUCUUCCGGCAGACCGAGGUUCUGCUGCAGCCCAACCCAAUAGAUAACACGGGUGCUCGCAUCGAGGAGUUCCUGUAUGAGAAGCUGGACCGGAAGCUCCCCUCCCGCACCACCAACGGAGAGCUCCUGGGUCAGUACAUGCUGGAGGCUGCUAACGAGUUUGGACCCGGGACUCCUUACGGGAGCACCUUGGUUAAGGUCGGGGAGAGCCAGCGUCGGCUCGGGGGGGCGGAGCGGGAGUUCAUGCAGUCCACGGCCAUCAACUUCCUGACCCCGCUGAGGAACUUCCUGGAGGGAGACUGGAGAACCAUAUCUAAAGAACGGCGACUUCUCGAGAACCGGAGACUGGACCUGGACGCCUGCAAAGCCCGGUUAAAGAAAGCGAAGAUCGCAGAGGCCAAAGCAGCUGCCAUACCCGAUUUUCAGGAGACUAGGUCCCGUAAUUAUGUGCUGUCUGCCAGUGCAUCUGCGAUUGCACCUCUUGUGUGCCGUAGCGCUGGGUGUGUUUCUGUUAAAAGGCUCUGGAGUGAGGAGGUGGACAAAGCAGAUCACGAGCUGCGAGUCGCCCAGACCGAGUUUGACCGGCAGGCAGAGGUGACCCGGCUGCUCCUGGAGGGGAUCAGCAGUACUCAUGUGAACCACCUGCGCUGUCUGCAUGAGUUUGUGGAGGCUCAGGCUACCUACUAUGCUCAGAGUCACCAGUACAUGCAGGACCUUCAGAAGCAGCUGGGCAGCGCCAAUGGAGAAGUAUUCCCAAACACUUUUGUGAAUACAAACCCCACCCCUGUGCCUGGUGGCUCCUCCCCCUCCAGUGCAGCCACACUCCCGGUCCAGCCCUCGUCCAGCCCCCUGGACACGGGCACGCUGAGCAUCGAGGAGGUGCAGCCCCCCGCCACCGGCACCCGCAAAGCCAAGGUCCUGUACGACUACGAUGCAGCCGACACCAGUGAGCUGUCCCUGCUGGCAGAUGAGUUAAUCACAGUGUACACGGUGCCAGGGAUGGAUCCUGACUGGCUCGUUGGUGAGAGAGGAAACCAGAAGGGGAAGGUUCCUGUCACCUACCUGGAACUGCUGAGCUAAAACAGGCGGACGGACGGACUGACACGCAGCGGACCACUGAAAAUGGGAAGAGUCACAAAAACGGAGGGGGCUGGUAACGAAAUUGCUUUACAGCUCUGUAAUCUCAUCAGUAUGCUAUAGUUAAUAUGGAGCACUUUAUAGGGCAGAAGGGCGUCGCUCACCACCUGGUUCUGCUCAUCCUCUUCUAGGGUGUACUAAUGCACUCAGUGGGUCGGUGUAGAACAGCUGUUAGCUGAACCCACAGAUCUUUAACCAAGCAGCUUUAUUUUCCACACAAUAGUUGUUUUGCAAGUUGAGUCAAUACACUUGUAUACAUGCUUCAGAGCAGUUUCGAAGAUGCUCUAUUAAAAUGUUCUUAGAACUACAGGAGGGGGUGUCUUAGAAUGCCUAGCUUGAUUUUACUAUAGGCCGAAUUAGAGAAUUGACAUAAUCUGAUUGGCUGCUUUCACUGUCACUCGUUACCGUUAUUUGAAUUGCCUCCUCCAGUUAUAUACUUGCCAAUGUGAUUCAGAAUGUCUCAACUGAUUAAUUUCGUUUAUCUGAUCUACUCCAAAUACGAAUCCCAGUCUCGGAGGAUGUGAACGCUGUCUUCUACAGUGGCUGCACUGGAAAGAAAUACACGUUUAAAAUUGUAGAAUUAUAAUCGCUGGUCUGGUUGAAUCAGAAAGAUGUAUUAUUAUUUCAACAGUAUUGGUGGACUGGAUUUGAGAAUAUCUAUUGGAAGACCAACCCCAUGCAUUUAAUAAUUGAUAACCCGCUACAAACAAAUACAUUACUAUAUAUACAUUAGUGUCCAGUAUACUGCCUUGAACAGCACAGUGUCAUGCACUAAGUCUAUUAUGUGUACUUUGCAGCAUCACUGAAAACCCACUGAAUCCACAAUACUGCAGUAUUAGUAAUCCACUUUGUAAGGAAGUUUAGACCAGAGAAAAAGGUCUGUUUAACAGAUCUAAGUCACAGUGGUUCUUCAUUCUGCCAUCAUUUCAAUAUUUAAAAUAGGACCUUUUUUUUUACAGGCAGAAAUCCUGUUACAUGUUUGGUUUUCAUUAUAAUAUUGGUGCACAAAAUGCCCUGUUUUUAAGGCACUUAGACAAAGGCAGUAAAUCAGCCACUGUAAUUUUAAACCAGUUGAAUCCAAUCCGAUGCCUCUCACUGCGUCACAUGCAAGCCGAGCCCUGACCCUGGAUCAGGCUGCAGUGACGCCAUGACCUCGCUGUGUAUGAAAGCACAUUGUCUAGCUGGGGUCACGUGUCUGCAACUGUGUUUGAAAUACCAUGUGACAUUUAAACCAGGCCUUUCAACUGAACGGCAAAUUAGCGUUGGCAGGUGUAUAGUUGGAUUGAACCAUUGUGACGAGAAUGUUAACUUAAAUUAAAAUAAAGAAAUGCUAAUUUUAAAAAAAAACAUGAUAAUAAACCUUUGAGUUGUUGUAUACUAACUUGAAGCAUUGUGAAACAGUUUUUAAAUGUUUUUUGGUUUGUUGUACAUGUUCCCUGUGUGUUGUUUGAGUACAUUCCAUUGAGGCGCUAUGUUUUAUUCACUCACAGAUGUUCUGUUUUUUUUUUUAAGGACAGCCUGUAAGGAAAUUUAAUACCAGAAAGUUACCCUGUAACCAGAAACGCUGAAAAGAAACAACAUGUUGUAGGUUUUAUAAAUGAUUGCAGGUCCUGUUGUCUGUCGAAUGUUUUACGUGGUCUACCCGUAUUUUAAUGAAUCAGACUUUUAACCCUUUCAGCCUGGCAGGACCUCAAGCUCCCAGCUUAUCUUAGUGCCGUAUGUUAAGACAUGAUGUCGGAAAUCACGCUGGAACCUCACAGGACUCCUGAGCCCCAGUCUGAGGACUAAAACAUCAUUUGGGACUGAAAGGGUUAACCGGGUGCACUAUAAUCAAUAGACCACGCUCUCGACACAAACAAAAUCCAUUCUCUGCCGCUGCGGACGUGUCGUAUUAAUCCAGCUUCUACGUUUUGUGUUGGGCUUUGAUUCCCCGAUUUGUGUUUUAUUUGUAUGUUUUGGUUCCUGUUUUGAGUGUAUUUAUUGCCUGUUACUGUAUUAUGCAUAGUGAAUGAAUGAAUCUGUUCAAAUGAAUAAAGGACAGCUUUAUUGGAA